ACGAACACCGAGAUGCAAAUGAUCAAGCUCAAUUACGGCUAUAAACUCCUGCUCUCGCGGGUGGAGGCACAUCCAGACCUCCUACAAAAUGCAAAGCCUGUAUUUGAGGAGGUCAUAGCCAUGGCGAUGGCCGAGUUGGAGGAUCGGACCAAGCUACAGGUCAUUCACGGAGACUUCUGGACUGGGAACAUUCUGCUUCCUGAUGAAGUCCUACAGCCCUCCAAACGAACCCCUCUGCUCGUCAUCGACUGGGAGAUGUUGCAACUCUGGCUGCCGCAGUUGGAUCUGGGACAGAUGAUUGCCGAGCUCUACGAGCUGUACCUAUACAAACGCAUCAAGGCAGGCUUGUGGCUGAUCGAGGGUUUCGUGGCCGGGUAUGGCAUUGUAGAUGAUGACUUCGCCUUCAGGACUGCCCUGCACGUUGGCACGCAUCUCGUGGGCUUUGGCAGUAUGGUACCUGGAUGGGGUACCCCUGAGCAGGCUAUGGAGGUGGUCGGUGUCGGGAGAGAUAUCAUCUUGCGGGCAUGGGCCAAGGACAGGAAAUGGUUUGAGAGUCACGACUUGAGCUCACUCUUCAACGUCGACUAGAUUUGGCAAGCUAGUAUUAUAUUCUGAUCAGACCGGAACCCUUGCGGUGAUCAUCCAUUCUAAGACCACGAGGCUAGGCACUUAGUAAAUCUG